AGAGAAUGUGACCAUGCGUGAUGAUCCACGACGAGUUGAUCGACGACCACCAUGAUUGAUCGAAAGUAAACGGAGAGGCCACAUGCAUGCGUAUCGCGCGUGAUCUCUCGUCGUCAACCGCUGCUUGCUUAUAAGUAUCAUGAGAAGAAAUGCUAGUUGCUCUUCAGGUCAAGUUUCAGCAGCGAGAUGGAGAAGAAGCUGUUGGUCGUCUUGUUCCUAAGCCUGUGCUGCGCGUCUCGGCUCCGCGGCGAGGCGGCGCAGCAGUGGACGUCGGCCACCGCCACGUUCUACGGCGGCAGCGACGCGUCCGGCACCAUGGGUGGAUCGUGCGGGUACGGCAACAUGUACAGCGCCGGGUACGGGACGAACACGACGGCGCUGAGCUCGGCGCUGUACGGCGACGGCGCGUCGUGCGGCGCGUGCUACCUCGUCACCUGCGACGCCUCGGCGACGCGGUGGUGCAAGAACGGCACGUCGGUGACCGUGACGGCGACCAACUACUGCCCGCCCAACUACAGCGAGUCCGGCGACGCCGGCGGGUGGUGCAACCCGCCGCGGCGCCACUUCGACAUGUCGCAGCCGGCGUGGGAGGCGAUCGCCGUGUACAGCUCCGGCAUCGUCCCCGUCAGGUACGCGCGGACGCCGUGCAGGCGCGUCGGCGGCAUCCGGUUCGGCAUCGCCGGGCACGACUACUACGAGCUGGUGCUCGUCACCAACGUCGCCGGCAGCGGCGCCGUGGCGGCGGCGUGGGUGAAGGGCUCCGGGACGGAGUGGCUGUCGAUGAGCCGGAACUGGGGGGAGAACUGGCAGAGCAACGCGUACCUCACCGGCCAGGCGCUGUCGUUCAGGGUGCAGGCCGACGACGGCGGCGUCGUCACGGCGUACGACGUCGCUCCGGCGAACUGGCAGUUCGGGUCCACCUACCAGUCCGACGUCAACUUCUCCUACUAGGCCUGUCACCUGUGCAGGAAUUUCUUCUUGGGCCAAAUUGGGCUUAGUUCAGGUGUACAAAUUAGAUGGGCCUUGAAACUCGGGAAAUUGUGGAAGCCUGUAUUUAGUUUGGGCCGGACGGCGAGGUCGAUCUUGAUUGGAAUAAGUCCACUUUACCUCCCUCAACUCAUGGCCGUGUAUGAAUAUCAUCCCUCAACCGCAAAACCGGGUAUAACUCAUCCCCCAACUCUGAAAACCGUUGCAAAUCAACUCCCCGGGCGGUUUUGGAGGCGGUUUUGUCCUACGUGGCAAUUGACUUGAUUACGUGGCAGUUGAUUUGCUGAGUCAUUAAAUGGGACCCACAUGUCAGCAGUCUCCACCUCAUCUCAUCUUCUCCCUCAUCUCUUCCCCUCUUUCUCUUUCAUAUCUUCCUCCUCUCACCUUCUAUCAGCAGGGCGGCGACAACGGCGCAAGGGGGACGAGCUCGUCGGUUGGCCACGCCGCGCGCGGGGAGUGGCCCGGCUCGAGCACGCAGAGGAGGCGGGAGGGCGCCGGGGCAUCGUCUAAGAGGGGGUCGUGGAGGACGAGGCAACCCCUCCAAGUCGCCGGCCGUCCACGCGUGUGGAGGAUCUCGCCGGCAGUGCUCACGCUAGGAGGAUCUCGUCGGCCGGCCGCGCGCGAGGGAGGAGCUCGCCGGCCGUCCGCGCGCGGGGAGGAUCUUGCCAGCCGUCCUCGCGCGGGGGAGGAGCUCGCCGGCCGUCCGCGCGUAGGAGCAGCUCGCCGGCCGUCCGCGCACAGGGAAAUAGCUCGCCGGCCGUCCGCGCGCGGGAGAAGCUUGCCGGCCGUCCGAGAAGGAAGCCACUGGGGAUGUCGCCGAGCGCCGGGUUGUGCUGCAGCAUGAGGACGGAGAGGCUCCGGCACGGGGACGACGGUGGCAUUGCCAGCAGCUGUGCAUGGCGGACACCCGCUCCGCGUCGCGCGCACGCUAGAAGAACUCCGCUAGCUUGUUUGCUGCUUGCUCAUGUUCUUCGACGAUUUCAUGGUCUCUGAUCUCUGAUUUGUUC